AUGGACGAAGACCAUGGCCCCGAUACCAUCAUUCCUGGGAAUGCAGCACAGAGAAAUGGAAUUGGUCAACGAAUCAAGGUUCGCCUUGGCAACGUUCGACAUGCCUUCACCACUCGCGAUGGACUCAUUGGCGACUACGACUAUGGCUUUCUACUGAAACCAAACCUUCCUUUUAUGAAAAAGAGCACAUAUCGCAGUCCCUUUUUUGGUCUCAAUGACAAGAUGCCUGUCUGUCUAGGACUCUUACUUGGUCUGCAGCACGCCUUGGCAAUGCUUGCUGGUGUCAUUACUCCUCCUCUCAUCUUGAGUGGCACUGGAGGUGCGAACCUCGACCCAAGCCAGCAGCAAUAUCUGGUUUCCACAGCACUUAUUGUUUCGGGAAUCUUGUCGGCUGUCCAGAUCAACCGCUUCCGCGUUCCCAAGACACCGUAUUUUAUUGGAACUGGCGUGCUUUCAGUGGUUGGCAUCUCUUUCAGCAUUAUUCCCAUCGCCCAAGGUGCAUUUCGACAAAUGUAUGCCAACGGAUAUUGUCCGUCUGAUGAGAGUGGCGCUCCUUUGCCAUGCCCAAAGGGCUACGGGGCCCUCAUCGGCACUUCCGCCGUUUGCGCCUUGACUGAAAUUUUGAUAUCGUUUCUGCCGCCAAAGAUUCUCCUCCGCAUCUUCCCUCCCAUCGUUACGGGACCCACGGUCAUGUUAAUUGGCGUCCAUCUUAUCGAGAGUGGUUUCCAAAACUGGAUGGGAGGCAGCGGACCUUGCGCCAACCCAUCCAGUGCAGGCUCCCAGGCCAGCUUUUUCGCCCUUUGCCCCAAUAUCAACGCACCGCACGCACUUCCUUGGGGUUCAGCAGAGUAUCUUGGUCUGGGAUUUUCAGCCUUUAUUACUAUUAUUCUGUGCGAACGAUUCGGGUCUCCAAUCAUGAAAUCUACGUCUGUCAUCUGGGGCUUGCUCGUGGGGUGCAUAAUUGCAGCGGCAUGCGGAUAUUUUGACCCAAGCGGCAUCGACUCGGCGCCAGUCGUAUCAUUCAUCUGGGUACACACAUUCCCUCUUACUGUUUACGGGCCGCUUGUCUUGCCAAUUAUAGCCGUGUUUAUUAUCUGCGCCACCGAAGCUGUGGGUGACAUCACUGCAACCUGUGAUGUUUCGCACAUUGAGAUGGAGGGACGUAUUUACGAGUCUCGUAUCCAAGGUGGUCUCCUCACGGACGGCAUCAACUCGGUUAUCGCUGCCCUGAUGACAAUGACACCGAUGAGCAGAUUUGCGCAAAAUAACGGCGUGAUUGCGUUGACCAGGUGCGCAAAUCGCAAGGCUGGGCUUGCCUGCUGCUUCUUCCUCAUCAUCAUGGGGAUAUUCGCCAAGUUUGCCGCAGCACUCGUGGCAAUUCCAUCUGCGGUGCUUGGAGGUAUGACGACGUUUCUUUUCGCAGCAGUCGCGGUAUCCGGAAUGGCCAUUAUUACACGUGGAACCGAUUUCAAUCGUCGCACUCGCUUCAUUCUCACUACUGGGUUAGCUCUGGGCUAUGGCGCAACUCUUGUGCCAACCUACUUUGAUCACAUUUUUACCUACUCAGGCGACAACCACGCCCUUAAAGGCUUUCUCGAUGCCAUUGUUCUGGUCAUGGAGACUGGAUUCGCGGUGACAGCAGCAGUCUGCAUGGCUCUCAAUUUGGCACUACCUGAGGAGAUGGAAGAGGAGGAUAUCAAUGUCCAGGCCGUGGAGCUAACAAGAGUGAACUCGCCUUCUGGUAAGGAAGAGGUUGCUGAAGAGAGAGAGGCUCCAAACAAUGUGUCAUAA